ACCGUUGGGCGCUUAGAGCUCCUUGGUUGGGUGUUCCAAUUUCUCCCAUUCAUUUAAAUUGAAGUGGCCCAUCUCUGCUAAAUAAUCUCUGGAAGAUCACAGCUGUCACAAGCGUGUUGUAGUACACUUUACAAACUCAUAGUUGCCUGCUGAUCUCUUCUGUUCGCCAGGUGCUGAUAGACACUUAUACAGUGGUGGUGUUUGUGUUUUUGUUAAAGGUUUGUUCUUAAUAGCAUGGCCCGUGGACACCAGAAACUUCAGUCUCAGCAGAAAAACGCCAAGAAGCAGGCAGAGAUCAAGAAAUCCAAAGGCCAUGACCAGAAAACGGCAGCGAAAGCGGCGCUUGUGUUCACAUGUGGCGUCUGCAGGUCACAAAUGCCAGAUCCUAAAACCUUCAAGCAACAUUUUGAGAGCAAACAUCCCAAGAGUCCCCUUCCCCCAGAGCUGGUGGGCGUGGAGGCAUGAACAACCCUGAGACCUGAAGUUGACUGUAUAAAACUUAAUGAUAAAUGUUCUGAUCUCAAGUUUUGUUCAUCAGGAUAUGAUCAGCACCCUUACCUGAGUUUUAUACAUACAACCUCCCCUUCACUGCAGACAUGAAUCUUGUGGAUCAAAGACUGAUGGCGUUUAGCUUCCCUCUCUCGACACUGUUUCAGAGCACUUGCCUUGGCUACGAUCAGAUCAGUGCAUUACCUCGAUCUGCACUUCUUUUGUCAUCAUCUUACUGGUGUCAUUUAAAGGAUUGAGAUUAAUUUGUAGAACACUACCAGUAAGUCAAUUUCUUAAAUUGAUCAAGGAUAACAUAAAUGUUGUAGGCAUUGACAUAUUAGUCAUGCUUUUGCUUGUUAGGUAAGUGAGAUAGAUAAGGGUACAGUAAAUGGAGAUGGGCCAGUUUCACGCUACUUCAUGAUAAGUCUGGGCAAAAACGUUAAUUUUGAUUUUACUUUAAUUUUCUCAUUUACUAACUUUACGUUCCACUUGAAAUCUCUUUUAGUUCUUAAUUCUGUACGUUUCAAACUGGAAUCUACUGUUUCUCUGAAAUCACUGGAUGUGCCCAAAGUAACUGUGUUUUUAGUUUAAUUUUGCUGCAGAAAGUCUUAUUUCUCCCUGGAAUUCUCAAAGACAAUAUAAUGCCUCAAUGUUUGAUAUUCCUGCUCAAUCCACAUGGUUUCCACACCAAUGUAAUAUAUCUUUAAUAAAAUUUUACUUUGUUUAAA